GUACGUAUUUGCGGUCAGAUUAUUUUUUGAACGCAAAAUGGCAGGCAUACCCACCUUUUACGAUGAGAAGGAUAAUAUUUGGAGUGGGGCGAAGCGCAGUUCCAUUUACAAUUACGACACGUCUGUAGGAAAGGUGAUAUUUAACACCAUGAAGAACUGGCCUAAAAAUGUGUGCCAGAUAAGCGACAUUGAUGGCGUUCAAGUGACCAAUGGACAGGGUAUAACUUGGGCCAUACGGAUUGCUCAAUUCUUUAAGAAGCGGGGCCUCAAUCACAAAGAUGUCAUUGGUAUAGCAGCUAAAAAUACUACAUAUGUAAUGCCUCUAGGAGUGGCCUGCCUAAUGAAUGCAACACCGUUCCAUUCUGUCAAUCCAGUGCUGGAUGAAACUACCAUUCGGCAUGUCUUUCAAAUAACUAAACCCAUGCUAAUAUUCUGCGAUGGCCAUGAAUAUGAGAAAAUUCAUGCGGCUACAUUAGCUUGGCAUCCAGAAAUUUACACUCUUAGUGACUCUAUUGAGGGGAUACCAAAUAUUGAACACCUUUUGGAUCCCACAACGACUGAAAUGUUCUAUACACCGGAGCCAUUAAAAACUGGUGGUGACCAAACCAUGGCUAUUCUUUGCUCCUCUGGCACAACCGGCAUGCCUAAAGCUGUUUGCAUAUCAAAUAGCAUUUUAAUACAGGACAGCAUGCUUGUCAACAGCGAAUCCGUCAUAUUUAUAUCAAGCAGCUUGGACUGGAUUACUGGUCUAUGGGCAUUCAUCUUUAGCACCGUGUUCGGAUGUACUCGUAUUAUAACGAACAAACCUUUCUCCCCUGAAUACUUUGUGCAGUUGGUGAAAAAGUACAAGAUAAAUUAUGCCGUGGUACCUCCAAGACAUCUCUCCGCCCUGAUAACUUGUCCGGAUGCCACGUCAGAGGCAUUGGCUCCCAUACGCAUGCUUAACUAUGGCGGUGGAUUGGUGUCUAUGGCUACACUGCAGCGGGCCCAGGAAAUAUGUAAGGGUGCCAUGUUCAAUUCGGGCUACGGCAUGACUGAGGUGGGCGCAAUAACAAUUAAUAUUGGUUUGAGCAAUACUGCCUCGGCUGGCAAGCCCAUACCUGGUGUUAAGAUUCGGAUUGUGGACGAGGAUGGCAGUAACUUGCCCCCCAACAAAGUGGGCGAGAUAUAUGUGCAUACCAACCAGGCCUGGAAUGGCUAUUAUGGUAAUUCCAUUGAGACACGCCGCAUGCAGGACUUUGAGGGUUGGUUCCACACUGGUGAUCUGGGCUAUUUCGAUGAUCAGAAUUUUUUGUAUAUUGUGGAUCGUAAGAAGGAAAUUCUGAAGUUCCAGGGCUUGCAUUACUGGCCAACGGAAAUCGAAAAUGUCAUUACCGAGCUGCCGCAAGUGCAGGAUGUUUGUGUUGUGGGCAUCUACGAUGAACGGCAUGGUGAUGCAGCCGGUGCAUUGGUGGUAAAGCGGGUGGACGGAGGACCGAUAAGUGCCAGCGAGAUCGUGGAGCAUGUGGCAAAGCGCUUGAAUGGAGUGCAGAAGCAGUUGAAUGCCGGCGUGCGCUUCACCGAUAAGUUGCCUGCCAACGUAAAUGGCAAGACGAUGCGAAAAGCGGCACGGGAAUUAUUUGUAGCACAAACUGCAGAUAGCAAAUGAGUCAAUGUAUAGAAUAAGAGGUACUUACUCUGAUAUCACGUGCUUAACAAAAGUGUUGCAUAAGCAGGUACUCAAAGAAGGAACCAUCUAAUCGGAAAGAGUUGUUUAUGUUGUGUAAAUAAAUAUAAAUUGUGUUUUAUUUA